AUGGUGAAGGAUAUGAGCAAAAUGCAGAUGGAAUCGGAAAUAGAGCCACCUGGUGAGAGUAAAUGGAUCAACGCAACUGGAUGCGAUUGUCAGAAGGAGGCCGAAGUGAACAAAACUAGGGAACAUUUACGUUUGGUGACAAGAAUUAGUGCACUGAAAUUACUGCCAACAGUGAGAGAAGCAAUUUAUCAAAUCGAAGCCGAAAAGCUCUACGUCCUCCAACGUGCCAAAUAUGACGUGAUGAAAGAUAUGCGGGCCAAAUACGGCAAUUGGUUGGCACAGACAGAUAUUCUAACAAACAUGGAUGUGCUUAUAGUUUCGAUGCAGAAGUUGCUCAAUGAUAACAGGACCCUGACUGCCAAAGAAAUCUUUUCGCUGGUGAACGCAAGUGUAACUCAAUUUCACACGAACGUGCUUCCUUCAGCUUUUUUAUGUUUCGCCCUUGGCACAUGCAGGACAGCCAGUGCUCCUUAUAUGGAAUGUUUACGAAACAAUGUGCAACAAUGGGUGUCCUUUUUCGGUGACGAGCCAUUGAAAAUGGCAUACAGUGUUGCUGACGCUAUAUGGCAGUAUAGAAAAGUUGAUGCCGUACUUCAAGCCUUGCAUAACAGCCUGAUUACUGCUGAAGAUGAAAUCACAGUAGAGUGUGCUCAUCGGUUCCACAACGUCACCGUUUGUCCGAAAUGUCUCACAGAUGACACAGUCAGUUAUUGUAGGGGUUCUUGCAUAUCAGCUUCAUAUAGCUGUCUGGGAAAUCUCUCGAAAAAAUGGGAAGCAAACAUCGAUGAACUCUACAAAGUGACGAGGAGAUACGAUGAAGGGUUUAUUCACCUGGUCCACGGCAUUUCUAAUGGUAUGCAAAGGCUGGUGCAAACGGAAGCCCCACGGCUUGCAAAAGUAAUUGUGAACAAAUGUGGACCAUUACUCAAGGAAAAUGUCAUCUACAUGACAUCCUUUACUGGCUCAGAGCUUCAAAAACCGCAGGAAUUAAAGGCGAUAACGAAGGAACUCGUCGAGCAUGUAAAUAAUUUGACCUUUGUUUGCUUUUCUUCUUCUCGGCCGAGAUGGGCUGAGCUCGUGCUCAACGUCACGAUGUCAAUUGUUUUGCAUUCAAUUGCAGAUGCGAACAUUGCGGAAGUGCUGGACUCAGACUGCCAAUCGAACUUGCUCGGGGGCCUCCGGAGGGGGAUUUUGUUGGAAUGGCACAAACAUAGUGAGAACGCUGCUGACGAGCUCAGUCUCGGCAUUAAAGACGUUCGUCCACGCCCAAAGGUCAGUUUUGGUCUCGCUUUCGCUUUUGUUGCUAUCGAUUAUCUUACUGGUUUGAUA